AUGGAAGACGAUUCAAAAGCGAAGACCAUCAAGAAGAGACUAAGUCCGUCGGAAUUGAUAACUUACGAUUCAUCUCUUCUGCGUUUGCUUGAGAACGACGAUUAUCUUCAUCAACGCUUCACUGAAGUUGCCAACGAACUCCAAGAAGAACAAGAAGAGACCCAAGACGAUGAAGUUACCUAUACUGAAGAAUCUAUCCAUGAUCAUCCAUCAAAGAUUGAAUCCGAACUUCAGAAUGGAGUUAAAGCAGACGAGAACGCGAAAGAAGAUCCUCCUGUUCGUGGUGAAUCAAACAUUGAAGACGAUCUCGACAUUAGGGUUAAAGAUAAGAACCUGAAAGAAGAUGUUACCGACGAGGGAGAGUCAGAGAAAGGAAUCUUCUUACACUCGGACGGUUCGAUUGAGGAAUCCUCUGACCCUAUGGUCAAGAUCUCACCUAGCUACACGCUUAUCCCCGAGGAAAACCGGUCUCCGGUCUCAGACACGGUAUUGAACAACGAGGCUGUUCAGGUGAAGGUUGAUACAUCGAAACCUAACAAACUAACCGGUUAUGCAAAAGCAACGGCGAGAUACGAAGAUGAACUGUAUGAGAGUGAUAUGUUGAUCGAAUUUGUGAGAGGUGCAUUGGAGCGUGGGGAGAAAGUCAUGAAGAGAGAGAUGAGAAUGGAAGAUGUUGGAGAAAAGUUCUACAGUUGCAUCGAACAGUUAUAUCGUGGAGCUGCUAUGGUUAAGGAGCUGAGAUCAAACUACCAAGAGGCUUUACCUAAGAUCUUACCUCGACUGAAGCAGAAGCUGGAUGACCUCAAAGUUAGUCGGCAGAGACUCCACUUCAAAAGACCGCCGGAAAAAAAGUGA